AAUAUGCAGAACCCAUUAGCCAUAUCGACAGUGACGAUCAGUUUUAAUUGUUUCUCCUUCGAUUAUGAGAACGGGGAUUCGUUUUGGAUAGUAAUUUAAUUAAAAUAAAUUUAAUAAAUUUAAUUUAAUUAAUUAGUGGACGCCAGCAUUACCCGUGAUGCUAAGCAUCAGUUGCUAUGGAGACGUAGCCAGUCCCCUUAGCGAUUGGGUGAUUUCUUUAGUGAUUUCAUUUCUCAUUGCGCUCUGUCCAGGUAAGUUACGAGGUUCAUAAUAAGUAAUGAUCACGUUUUGCUUAAAUGUUAUAAUUGAUGGAUUUCUUUGUCAUUACACUCAUGAUGUGUCAGUAAUAACAAUAUAACUUGGCCUAACGUUACUGCAUAAAUCUGGAAUGAGAAACCCCAGACAAAUACACGCGCUUUUUAACAGUCAUACAGGAGGAAAAGCAUGACUUUACAUGUGGUUGCUGCUGUUGCUGUUUUAUUAGUCAGUGGUUAGAUCAGAGUAGCAGACAAUAAACGGACAAGGGACAUCGUGUAUGGGCCAAAUAAAUUAGGCCUAAUAUACGGACGUCCCGCCUAAUAGGUGACACGUGACAGUUGGCAUUGGCAAGUGGCUAGGUUAGCCAGUAGUACUAACCCCCUUUAUAGUAACAACAUAGUUUUAAAGAAUUCUAACGUUACAAUUGUGCCUCUUGUUCCUGGAUAUCAUGUUACAAAAACAAGUUUUAUUAAGGUUUUAAUGUAAUUUUUUACUUUAUUUUAGAGAUGCCAGGAAGUUCAACGAAAAUGUGCCCAGGGUGCAAUACCCUAAUAAGUGUUGCAUACAAAGCUUGCCCACAUUGCAAACAACUGCAGCCAUACAAAGCAAAAGUUGCAGCAAAGAGAUGCAACUUUCAAAAUAAAAAAAAUGAAUGGAAGGAGUCGGUCAAGAAAAACAACAACAGGACAGUUGUUCUCAAUAGCAGCCAUGUGUUGCUUGACAAACUUGCUGCCCUCGAUUUUUUCCCAAUACUACUUUUGGGUAAGAAAUGCAAAGGAAGUUUGGUGGCCGAUGUCAUCCUAGGAGGGGACUAUAUUUUGGAUCCUGAUUUGCUUCAGAGGGUUAAAGUUAUGUAUGAAGCUGUGCUAAAGAUUCAUUUUCAAAGACAGAAGAAGGCCACAAGUAGCACAGAAACUACUCACCCUCCCAAAGCCACUGCCACUGAGACCAACGUCACUCCAGAAGCCACUGAGACCAACGUCACUCCAGAAGCCACUGAGACCAACGUCACUCCAGAAGCCACUGAGACCAACGUCACUCCAGAAGCCACUGAGACCAACGUCACUCCAGAAGCCACUGAGACCACCGUCACUCCAGAAGCCACUGAGACCACCGUCACUCCAGAAGCCACUGAGACCAACGUCACUCCAGAAGCCACUGAGACCAACGUCAUUCCAGAAGCCACUGAGACCACCGUCACUCCAGAAGCCACUGAGACCACGGUCACUCCAGAAGCCACUGAGACCACCGUCAUUCCAGAAGCCACUGAGACCACCGUCAUUCCAGAAGCCACUGAGACCACCGUCAUUCCAGAAGCCACUGAGACCAACGUCACUCCAGAAGCCACUGAGACCACCGUCACUCCAGAAGCCACUGAGACCAACGUCACUCCAGAAGCCACUGAGACCAACGUCACUCCAGAAGCCACUGAGACCAACGUCACUCCAGAAGCCACUGAGACCAACGUCACUCCAGAAGCCACUGAGACCAACGUCACUCCAGAAGCCACUGAGACCACCGUCACUCCAGAAGCCACUGAGACCACCGUCACUCCAGAAGCCACUGAGACCACCGUCAUUCCAGAAGCCACUGAGACCACCGUCAUUCCAGAAGCCACUGAGACCACCGUCAUUCCAGAAGCCACUGAGACCACCGUCAUUCCAGAAGCCACUGAGACCACCGUCAUUCCAGAAGCCACUGAGACCAACGUCACUCCAGAAGCCACUGAGACCACCGUCACUCCAGAAGCCACUGAGACCACCGUCAUUCCAGAAGCCACUGAGACCACCGUCAUUCCAGAAGCCACUGAGACCAACGUCAUUCCAGAAGCCACUGAGACCACCGUCAUUCCAGAAGCCACUGAGACCACCGUCAUUCCAGAAGCCACUGAGACCACCGUCAUUCCAGAAGCCACUGAGGCCGUCACUCCAGAAGCCACUGAGACCACCGUCAUUCCAGAAGCCACUGAGACCACAGGCUCAUCAAAAGCCACAAGACCCCGGAGCCAGAAGGCAAAAAAAAGACAAAAUCCAGUCCAACAGAGGGUAGCCAGCAAUAUGAAGCCAAAAAAAAAGUAUGAGUGUCCAGAAUGCUGUUGGAGAGUGAGGCAAAACAACUUUGACUACUCCAAGGUUUUGAAAAGAAGAGUGAGAGAGGGAACAGAGGAGGUCCUCAUUUGUUGGGUUCCAUGCAAGACCUGUGGGACCAAAUGGAAAGACUCCUGGGAGCCCUCCUCCCUUCUUGAAUAAUGAAUUACAUUUUUAUUUUUAUUUUGUAUUUUCUUUUAUAAUGAAUAAAAUAACUACAAACAUAAACAAA